AUGAGUCAAGCAUUCAAUUUGAGCCUGGAAGAAUCUCCAUCAUCUGAUAAAGAUUUUAGUACCGGUUUGAAAAAAAAUAACAAUGCUGAUACUAAUACUGUUGACAACACAAGUCCUACGUUAGAAGAUUCCGCCACCGACAAAGGGGUUUAUGGACCUAGGAAAUCGUUUGAUGACCGUUGUUUUGGGACAGUUCAAACAGAAUCUAUCGAAGACAAAAGUAACAUUGUACCACUUGGAAUGAACAUAGGAGAUAAUGAAGCCCAAAAUGUAUUCCCUGUCAACUCUAAACUAUUGCAAGGAACACAUGAUCAAGAAGAACCCUCAGAAGCAGCUGAACCGCAACAUGAGACAGAUGAUGGUUAUGAAAACACAAAAAUUGUUGAUAACAAGUUUGAUAAAAAUAAGUUUGAAGAAGUUUUUCAAAGAGCUCUAAAUGAAUAUUACAAGGACGUAUUACAUAUAAAUGAAAGCAACAUUCAGUCAGAUUUAGAGUCAGCAACGUACGAAUUGGAGAAAUUCGAAAGAAAUGAUAUGAUUAUUUUCAAUCAUGAAAACUUUAUGAGCGAACGGAAAAGACGAGGUACAUCUUUAGAUGUAGCAGCAUUAGAAAAUACUUUUAAGCAAUAUCGAUUUCAUGUGACUACUUACAACGAUCUAACAGAGAAUAAUUUAUUCGUUGAACUGAAAAAAUUUAGCAGAAGGGACUUCAGUGGCAGCGGCUGUAUCUGUGUGGCGAUCCUGACCCACGGGCACGACCACGGCUAUUUGAGAGCGUAUGACACGCGUUACUGGGAGAGAGACCUCAUAGCCUGCUUUGACGCACGUUCAAAUCCCAGCUUGGUGGCUAAACCAAUCAUAUUCUUAAUUCAGGCUUGUCGGGGCCACCAGCCAGCUGCGGUUGUGGAGGGUGCACCUAAACCUGUUCAAACUGUCGAACUAGACGCAAUAGUACCAUUAGAUAAAUAUCGGAGGCCCAUGGACUCAGAUAUAAUCAUGUUUCAUAGCUCUUUCUUUGGACGAGCUUCUAUCAGGGUGGUUGAAGAGGGCACGUGGUUCAUACAAACGCUUUGCAAGCAAAUAAGAUUGCACGCCGCCACAGACCACUUUGAGAAGUUGUGCAGGAGGGUUCGGAGCAUCGUGGCUCAAAUGGAAUAUGAAGGGGCAAAACAAAUGCCAGUAGUUACAUCAACAUUACUCAAAAAGCUAUAUCUGAAGAAGACAUCGUCUAAUAACUGUACUGUGACAUAG